AUGCAAAGAGGAUACCGUAACUCGGAUUUCUGGAAGGAAAAAUUUCUUUCAGGGUUACCUAUUCUCUUUUAUGAAAGAAUACGAAAUCAGCUUAUGACCCAAUACAAGGGGGUAAUACCCUACAAUAUGCUCACUUGGGGUGAAUUGUCAAACCAAGUUAUGCGUGAAGGCAUUGCUUUAUGCAAUGAACUUAAACUGCAAAAGCAGUUAAAGAAAGAAAAGCAAAUGGGCAAAAAUGCUCUUGGUGACUUUUGCCGACAAUCUAGACAAAAGCAGUUUGUCCCAAGACAAGUCCCAUUCAGGAGGAGAAAGCAAGGAAGAAGGAACGCUUCUAGAAAUGAAGAUAAGAAGCUGGUAACUUGCUAUAGAUGCGGAAGACUGAGACAUUAUGCCAAUAAAUGUCGAGUAAAGAAAGCAAUUGACGCACUAGAACUCGAUGAAGGUAUGAAGAAAUCACUAGAAUUGGCUCUUCUGAAUAAUAGAGAAGAGAAAAAAAGAAUUAUGGAACUAGCAAAUGAAUCUGAAAUAUCAGAAGAAUCUGAAAAUUUGGAAAGUGAAGAUGAGGAUAUAGAAGAUUGCUAUUGUGGUUUGAACGUCAUAACAAGAGAAGAUAAUCUUGUUUUGGAUCUAAUAGAUCAAAUACAAGACCCUAAUAUGCGAAAAAGGUUUUGGGAAAAACUCUUACAGUCUAAAGAACGGGGCUUGGCCUCUAAAAUAGAGGAAAAGGUAACGACGAUUCCAUAUGACGUAACACAGAUUAUUAAUAGAAUAAAAGAAAAAUCUGUGUCAAGAAAAACCUCUACAGAAGAUCUUCAACAAGAAGUAAAACUUCUUAAACAAUAA